AUGUCGGAUCGUGGCAUUUUCAGGUGGACGACCGACGACAUAGAUCCAUCCCUUCGAGGUUUUGACAAAGCUGCACGAACUCAAGCUCCAGUGAGCGUUGCAGAGCUGGUGAAGCUUCCUUGCCCAGGCCUCACGAAGGCUGACGAUCCACGUAUCGAAGGAUAUUUGACACGUCCUAGUGGAGACGGAGGCGGAUCGAGGUCAUUAGCGGUUAUUGCGAAGGAGCGAUAUGACAAACCGUUCCGUGCUCUUACUUCAACGGAGCAGGAUGUUGUUCGUGAUGUGCGUGGCCAUGAAGAGCGUUGGAGAAAUAAACGCGAACAAGGCCGCGUCUACCAUGUCGAAUGCAAGAAGAAUGUCGAGAGCCCGGCCGACGGUGGUGCUGGCAAACGAGUGCUACCGUGUGAACGCUGCAACUCUCUCCUCAAAGACGGUCAAUUCAGGCGUGCCAUCAAAGUUCCAGUGCCCAACGACGCGAAUUACAAGUAUACAAACAAAAAGUACACACAUGAAGGCCUUGUGUCCAUAUACGCACGAGUGAAGGGAUUGCGUGAAUUGAUCGAGGAUCCCGUACGUAUUCAUGAUAUUCUUUAUUGUAUCCUGGAGCUUACUCUCGUGUGUCAGGAUUUGCAUAAGAGCCCGUUCAUCCAAUUCGCACAGGGAGUAGCCGCAGGCAAGCCUGCAUAUCAGAAUCAUGAAUUUUUCAUGGGACUGGUGGAUGUGUUUACGAGGAAGGUCGCACUGGAGGAAGAGGGCAAAAGCACAAGGAACUUUAAAUAUCCCCUCGCAUACGACGAA